AUGGAGCAGCGUAACAUCUCAUCCAGAUACCAGGACAUCAUCUCCAAAAGUACUCUGAUCUCUCCAGGAUCUCCUGCUGUCUACCAACUGAGACCAAAGGAAGAGAAGUUUGGGACUCUGACAAGAAAAACUGUUGGAGAGAAAAACCCGAACAAGACAAACAGAACCAUCUUACUUGUAGGUGAAACAGGAACAGGAAAAUCUACUCUGAUCAACGCUCUGGUAAACUACACCAUGGGAGUGAAGUUUGAGGACAACAUCUGGUUUGAGAUCGUAAAGAAAGAGGAGAGAAGUCAGAUAGAGAGUCAGACAUCAGAUGUAAUCGUGUACGAGAUCUUUGGUUAUGAAGAUGAAACUCUGCCCUACUCUCUGACCAUCAUCGAUACUCCUGGAUAUGGAGACACCAGAGGGAUCGAACAUGAUGUCAUCGUUAGUCAAAGAUUAUUUGACUUGUUCCGCUCAGACGAUGGAGUUCAUGAACUUUCUGCAGUGGGUCUGGUGGUGAAGGCGAGUGAGAAUCGAGUGAGUGAUCGACUGAGGUACAUCUUUGAUUCAGUGACGUCUCUGUUUGGGAAAGACAUUGAGGAGAACAUCAUCGCUCUCAUCACAAACUCUAAUGGCAUAACACCUGAAAAUGUUCUGGAAGCUCUUGAAGCUGCAAACAUUAAAUGUGCCAAAGAUGAAGAGAAUGAAACUGUUCACUUCCUGUUUGAUAACUGCCAGAGAAAAGAGAGAACAAAGAAAAGCAAGGUUGCUUUAGAGAAUGCAUGGACGAUAACAGAGGCAGGAAUGGAAGAAUUCAAAGACUUCCUGAAAGAAUCUAAACCUCAGAAGCUGAAGACAACAGUUGAAGUGUUGAACUCACGGAUCAGACUGACAGCCUGCAUCCAAAACCUGCAAGAAAGAAUCCAGCUGAUUGAACUGAAACAGAGAGAGAUCCAACAGACUGAAGAGGCUCUGAAGAAACAUGAAGAAGAGAUGAAGAAGAAUGAAAAGUUCACUGUAGAAGUUGAUGAGCCCUACAAAGAGAAACAGCCUAUCAAGGGUGGGAUGUGGGGUGGAUUUAAGUUUGGGGUGAUGUGGGAUAUCCCACCUCUUUUGUUUAAAGGAGCUGUCACCUGUAACGUUUGUGAAGAGAACUGUCACUAUCCUGGAUGCACAAUGGCCCCCAGUCCUUCAUGGUGUGAGGUCAUGAAAGAUGGUAACUGCACUUCAUGUACAGGGAAGUGUCCUGCAUCAGAUCAUGUGAAAGAGGAAUGGAUUUAUGUGAACAAGGCCAGGAAAGUCCAGAAGACCCUACAAGAUAUGAAAAAAAAGUAUGAAGAGAAUAAGUCAGAAAGUGAGAAGAAGAAGAGCCUGAUGGAAAAUGUUGACACAGUGAUGGAAGAACUGACAGCAGAGAAGAUAAAGUUGCUGGAUGAGGUCUACCAACAUGUUGUUAAUCUGGAGGAGAUCGCCAUGAAUGAUAAUUCACUGUCCACUCAUGUCCACUUGGACUUCCUGAUUGAGAAGAUGGAGGAGACAGGAGACACAGUGAAGGUGACGAAGCUGGAGGAGAUGAAGAGUCGACGGGAUGAAGGAACCAGAGGAGGGCUGAGGUACAUGAUGGGUAAAGUGGCAGCAGCAUUUGGUAAAGCAGAUACAAAAAAAAAUUAG